AGCAGCAGCAGCAGCAGCAGCCUCUCCUCAGACAUGGAGAGCUGGUAGAAACGCAGCAGCAGCGGCCGCUCUCCCCUCCUCUUCCUCCUCCUCCUCCUCGUCGCUCCGGUGGAUGCUGGAUGUACCAUGAGGUCUCCGCAGCUGUGGGCAGCUCUGUGCCUCCUCCUCACCGCCUCCUGCCGGCUCUGCGCGGCCGCCCGACACGGUUGUUUGUUUGAAAAGAAGCUCUGUCCGAGAGAUCAGCUGUGCAGCGAUGAUGGUCUGUUUGGACAGUGCCAGCCUCCUCACCAGGAGCCCGUCCAGUACCAGGUGUCCGUACAAGUCCUGCACAAACUGCAGGAAGUCCUCAAAGACCUGAUGGUGCAAGGUCUGACCUGGAGGGACGACGUCACCCAGGCAAUCAUCAGCCGAGAGCUGAGUCGAGUUCCCACAGUCGGCUCCUCCUCCAAACUUGACGAGCAGUCGCCCAAACAGUUGUCCAGACUGUCGGGCCCCAGUCAGCGGAGGGUUCAGGGGCCCGAGGAUCCAGCCGACCCCGAGAUGAUGCAGCAGUAUGUGGACUACAUGAUCCUCGACCCCUCCCGAUCCUCCGUCCAUAUGCAGACGCCCCUGCUGGACCCGUACACCUACCACCAGCAGCAGUACGGCUACCAGGAGGAGGAGGAACGCUCCCUCAACUCUCUGGACGAUAAUCCAGCCUUCCCGCUCCUCGCCGCCCCCUCUCGCUCCAGAACCCGAGGAAACCCUCUGGAUAGAGACCGGCAGCUCCUCCAGGACCUUGUGUCCUUUUACCUCACCUCCCCUUCUUCUUCCUCCUCUUCUUCAUCCUCUUCUUCCUCCACUGUGCAGUCCCUCUCCCGCAACAGAGGGGCGGUAGCAGCAGCAGCAGCAGCAGCAGGAUUUCCCUCUUCACUGUCCUCCUCCUCAUCAUCUUCCUCCUCCUCCUUGCCCUCCUCCUUCUUCCAGGAGCUGGAUUUCCCACUGGACUAUGGCAAGGACUACGUUUCCCAGAUGGCCCAGCUCCGCAAGCAGCAGCAGCAGGAGCAGCAGGAGCAGGAGCAGCAGGAGCAGCAGCAGGAGCAGCAGGAGCAGGCAAAGAAGAAGGCGCAGGAGGAGUACGACGCUCUCUCCGGACUGGACGAGCGCUCUCUGCAGCGGUUGGCUCUGCUGCUCGAGCACUACGGCCUCGACCUGAAGGAUCUGUCCCCCGAGCAGAAAGACAAUCUGCCGGCCGCCCUGAAGCAGCUGCAGCUGGACAGCUCCUACGGCCACAAACAAACCAAAGAUAACUAUGGAAACAACGCUGCCACAGGAAAGAAGCUCACAGAGGGUUCGAUGGCAUACAAGAUCGCUGCCCCCGAGGCUCCGGCCUCCACCGUCAGACCAGAAGGACUCCAGAAAGGUUCGAGUGCAGCAGCCAACCAGGACGGACCGAAGACUGAACCAGGAUCCAAGACUGACGAGUACGGAUACGUGGUCACCAAUCAGAGUGUGGUCGGACCUGCCAUCACCUUCAGGAUCAGAACCAACUCCAAGAACCUGACAGCUGCAGAUGUGGCAGAUAAAGCCGUUGCAGAGAAGAACUUCCUGGACUCUGAGACGGGCCUGAAGGUGCUGCAGGGUGGCGUUGGAGAGAGGAAUGAUGGGAUGCUUUCACUGGUGACCCGAGUCCAGCCGGCCCGCUGGUAUAUCGCCACGCUGGUCGCCAUGGCGUGCAUGCGGUGGCAUUCCUGGUGUCCCCGACCAUGGACCAUCGCCUGUCUGCGUCCACCACACGGACGGCAUUCGAAGAAACUGGGUCUGGGACCAGAGGGAGGCAGCUUCAGCCACCAGGAGUACCAGGACCUGUGUCGCCAGCACAUGGCCUCCAAAGGUGCCUUCGGACGCCUGGAAGCUGCAGCCCUCGGCGCCGUGGGAGGAGCAAGCGGAGGAGGAGGAGGUGCGGGAGGAGGAGGAGGAGGAGCAGGUGCCGGCGUCGGGGGAGUUGGAGGAGGAGCGGGAGCAGCAGGAGGUGGUGGCACCGACUCGAGGGUGAGCAGCGUGUCGUCCCAGUUCAGCGACGGAGCCCAGCCCAGCCCGAGCUCCCACAGCAGCACGCCAUCAUGGUGUGAGGAGCCGGCACAGGCUAACAUGGACAUCUCCACCGGUCACAUGAUCCUGGCCUACAUGGAGGACCACCUAAGGAACAAGGACCGUCUGAUGAAGGAGUGGGAGGCUCUGUGCACCUACCAGGCCGAGCCCAGCGCCGUGUCUGUGGCUCAGAGCGACGCCAACGGCAAGAAGAACCGCUGCCCCGACUCUGUGCCCUAUGACCACUCGAGGGUGAAGCUGAAGGCGGAGGUCAACCCUUCACGCUCCGACUACAUCAACGCCAGCACCAUAAUUGAGCACGACCCCCGGAUGCCGGCCUACAUCGCCACCCAGGGCCCCCUGUCGCACACCAUCUCCGACUUCUGGCAGAUGGUGUGGGAGAAUGGCUGCACUGUGAUCGUGAUGAUGACUGCUCUGGUGGAAGAUGGAGAGAAACAGUGUGACCGUUACUGGCCUGAUGAGGGCUCAUACCCGUCUCACACAAUCUCAGUGAGGUCGAACUUGGUGUCAGAGCACAUCUGGUGUAACGACUUCCUGGUGCGAAGCUUCUACCUGAAGAACGUGCAGACUCAGGAGACCAGGACGCUCACUCAGUUCCACUUCCUCAGCUGGCCGGCUCAGGGCAUCCCCACCUCUACGCGCCCCCUGCUGGACUUUCGCAGGAAGGUGAACAAGUGCUACAGAGGACGAUCCUGCCCCAUCAUCGUGCACUGCAGUGACGGUACAGGUCGGACUGGGACUUACAUCCUGAUUGACAUGGUUCUCAAUCGCAUGGCUAAAGGUGUGAAAGAGAUCGACAUCGCUGCUACGCUGGAGCACGUCCGGGACCAGAGACCUGGGAUGGUUCGCACCAAGGACCAGUUUGAGUUCGCCCUGACUGCCGUCGCUGAGGAGGUCAACGCCAUCCUCAAAGCUCUGCCCCAGUGAAACCAGUACGACCCAGACCAGCCUCCUGUCUGACGCACUGACGCUGCUCCCUGACCCCCUGACUCUCGCACGCAUUCUCCUAUGUUACUUUGCUUUUUUUGUCUGUGAUGAUGACGAUGAAGGAAGACGUUAUGCUUCUCUAUCUGCCUGUCGGGUGAUCCCUUCAAAUAUAAUGGUGAUGUCAAAAAAAACAAAAAAGAACACAUUACUAUCAGACGACUUUAAGGUCGGGAAGGAUUAACACUUUUUUAGGAUUUGUGGCACGUUUAUGAUGUGUUCAGGGACACUCAGAGGGAAAAAGUUGAAAUGAAAAUUAAAUCAGGAAGAUAAAAAAAAGAAGCUGUUUUAAUAAAAGCAUAUAAUAUAAGAAGGUAAAAAAAAGUUGUUUGUUAAUUUAACAAACUUCAAAGCUGUCAGGAACCCAAAACACAAAAAAUGAAAGACACCUAGGCGCCUAUAUAUAUAUAUAUAUAUUUGUUUUGUGAUAAUCACUCAAAAUGUUGCCAUGGAGCACUUCAAGGAUGUAAAGAAUAUUAUUUUACUAUUUAUAUGAAUUAUAAAAUACAGAAGAAAGGUUUAAGAAAUAAAACCAAAAUACAGUUAAUUUAUAGGUAAAGUAAUUUUAUUAAGUCUGUAUAGGCUUGAAAAUAAUAAUAAUAAUAAAUAUUAAUAAUUCACAGAUUUAAAGAAAUGUUAUGGUCUACGGACGUAAAUGAGAUGCUUUGUGAAAGCUGAUCGUCAGCACUUUCAGUUUGUCUCUACAGGGCAUAUAAAUAAAGUUACUAUGAAUAAAACAGUGUAUUCACUGAUGAACCGGCAGACUCCAGAGGGUUUAUAAAAUGUUUCUGUCAUGCCUCAUAAAUUAAAAACACAAACACUUAAUUCACCUGACUACUUUCCCAUCCUGAAUGUAUUUUCUGAACCAUCUGACUGCAUGUGAACAAGUUUUAAACAUCAGAUUUUACUUGUGGAGAUCCAUCUGAAGUUCUGGGAGCUAUGCUCCGAUUAACCCUUCCUAAGUCCCGCCCCUUUUUGCUUUGAGCUCCAAUAACAGUCAACUUCAACAUAGAUUAGCCUAGCACAUAGCAUAUCUGAGUACAGGAAAGGAGGAGGUUGACCGAGGUGUUCUCAGUUCCUAUUGGAGCCAAAAAGGGGCGGGACUUACGGAGGUUCGAUUUAGGCCAGAUUGAAGCAGAAAUGUAAUUUUUCCUCUUAUAUGUGUUUGACAUUGUGUCGCUGUUGGGUCGUCAUGUUGGUUUUGGUCUCUACGAGGAAGCUAAAUUAUUAAAAAAUAUAUAUUUGAAAGCAAAAAAGGCUUAAAAAAAUAUAAUUCUAAAAUGUCAAGUGAUAAGAAAUAUAACAUUCGAAAGAUACUGGUUAUGUGCCCGAUGUUUUACAAGGCGGUUGGGAAAUGAUUGUUCACACAUCCUGCUCGCUCUGUAGCUUCCCUUCCUCUCCACUAACACCUUCAGAAAAGACAAAUGUACAGCGUCCGUCUCUUUGUGUGCCAUUCAGAUUGUUUGAAGUCACUGGAUAUAUUGUUGUAUACCUCACGCAAGUCAAAAAAUGAAUAAAAAAAAUACAAAAAAACAAAACAAGAAAUGCUGUUCUAUGAAAAUAAGAAAAGCUAUUUUGUAUCUGUGAGACCUUAAAUAAAUCUUUUCGUG